AUGAAAGAAAAAAAAGAAAAUGUGAAGUUGUAAAUAAGAAUAAAUAUAAAAAGGAAAUGUGUUGAAAUAGAAAUAACUUAAUUUAUAGAGGAUAAGACAUUAUUGUAAAGAGGAGUAGAUUUUUUUAAAAGCAUUUAUGAUGGGUAUGAAAUAAUAAUAAAGAAAUUAGGAUUUGAUAUUGAUGAUUUAAUAGCUUUAUUAAGAUUAGAUGAUUUAUAUGUGGAAUCAAAAGACGGUUGUUAUAGUUUAUAAUAAAAAGUAAAACUUUACAUGGUGAUCAUUUAUCAAGAUUUAUUGGUCGUAUUUCUCGUAAGAAAUGAGAAAGGAAAAAAUCAAAAUUUGCAAUAGAGAAUGCAACAAAAACCAGAAUAAUUCUUGCAGAUUAAAGAAUACAUAUUUUAGGAAGUUAUUCAAAUAUAAAGGCUGCUAGAGAUGCAUAUGUGA